AUGAGAUACUCGAUUAUAUUUUCAUCUACAGCCUUAAUUGCUUCUACUCUUGCUGCUUAUGUUCCAUCUGAACCAUGGACCACCUUAACUCCAACUGGGUCAGCUCCAACUGGUGCUACCACUGACCACACCCAUAAGUUCGGUAUCCAAGUUAAGACGGUUGAAUCUUCGGUUGCUAUCUCUUCCACAGUUGCGGAAACCGAUUCUGCCAUUACUGCUGCAGCCUCUGCCAGUGGUGCUGCCAAGAGAGAUGACGUUGUUAACCAAAUUGGUGAUGGUCAAGUCCAACAACAAACUGCUCAAACUGCUUCCGUUGUUAACCAAAUUGGUGACGGACAAAUCCAACAACAAACAGCUCAAACAGCUUCUGUUGUCAACCAAAUUGGUGACGGUCAAAUCCAACAACAAACCGCAAAACCAACCCCAACUGCUUCUGUUGUUAACCAAAUCGGUGACGGUCAAAUCCAACAACAAACUGCUCAAACUGCUUCGGUUGUUAACCAAAUCGGUGACGGCCAAAUUCAACAACAAACUGCUCAGACUGCUUCCGUAGUCAACCAAAUCGGUGACGGUCAAAUACAACAACAAACUGCUGCAGCUGAAACUGCUUCUGUUGUUAACCAAAUCGGUGAUGGUCAAGUCCAACAACAAACCUCCCAAUCCCCAACUACUGCUACCGUUGCUUCUCAAAUAAACGACGGUCAAGUCCAACAACAAACUGAUUCUGCUAAAUCUCCCUCCGAUUCUGACUCCACCGUUCCACAAUCUUGUGUUGGUGACAGCUCAUUAGGUAUGCAAUUGAACGGUUCAGUCUUAACUGACGAAAAGGGUAGAAUCGGUGCUAUUGUUUCUAAUAGACAAUUCCAAUUUGAUGGUCCACCACCACAAGCUGGCUCUAUUUAUGCUGCUGGUUGGUCUGUUACUGAAAAUGGUCUCUUAGCAUUAGGUGACCAAACUAUUUUCUACCAAUGUCACUCUGGUGAUUUCUACAACUUAUACGACGAAAGUAUUGCUGAGCAAUGCUCUGCCGUUCACUUAGCUAUUGUUGACUUAGUUGAAUGUUAG